AAGUCAACUUACAGCAUUUUCAUGUCUGACUACUGGUACUGGAGGUUGAUCCCAUGCAAAGAAACUGGAACCUGCAGCUGCUUUGCAACAGCCAACCAGUCUGAUGAAGAGAAAGAAGAGGAUACAAGCCAUCAGGUUGUGGUGUCAGAUAUCAUGCAGCUUGUGAUAGAGAAGCAGGAGGUGCCAGAAAGCACAGCAGAUGAAAUCAUGCAUCAGGAUAUCACUCCCCUCUAUGCUGCAGAUAUUCAGGACCAGUUAAAGAAACAAUUUGCUUACCUGUCAGGUGGAAGAGGGGGAGAUGGAUGCCCUGUUAUCACCUUUCCAGACUAUCCAGCUUUCAGCGAGAUCCCUGAGAAGGAGUUCCAGAACGUCCUGACCUACCUGACGAGCAUCCCAAG